CUUCAGGUGCAGUUCCAUGCCAAACCACAAGAAGAAUGAAAGCCCAGGACUUCCCCUGAGCACCGACUUCCAUUGGCGUUUGGUACAAAAGUAAAAUCUUCCCAAGGCCUGUGGAGAACUUCCUGCUGAUUCACAUUUCACACAGAGCCUGUACUUAACCCUCACCCUCACUCCAGCGCUCAGAGUAAACGUCAGGAGUGCCGGAGCCGUGAGGCCAGCACGUACAGAGAACAGCCCAGUGACCUGGUAAGAAGAGCCAUCCAGAUGGAAGCCAGACCUCCAAAGAGUCCAGGCAAACAAUUUACAUUUGAUUAUGAAAGUGAAGCCCACAAACAAGAUUACUUCAUUAAGUCUCCGCCUCCUCAGCUCUUCUUCUCUGCAACCUCCUGGAAAAAGCGCCUUUUUAUCCUGUCCCAGAACGGGGGAAAGGGCCUGAGUCUUUCCUAUUACAAAGACCAUCAACAUCGAGGCUCCAUCGAACUCGAUCGAAGCACCACCAUAGAAGUCGGUAUCAACAGCCAGGAGAAGAUGCAGUCUGUGCAGAGGAUGUUCAAAUGCCACCCUGAGGAGGUGAUGUCCAUCAGAACCGUGAACAGGGACUACUUCCUCAUUGGCCAUGACAGGGAGAAGAUCAGAGAGUGGGUGUCCUUCAUGUCAGCAUAUUGCCGGGGUGUGAAAACAGCUCAUCAGAAUUCACAGCAGGAGCAGCCUUCCCUGGGUGACAGAAGGCCAGUUUCCGACCCCAGUCCUUUCUUUGGCCUCUGCAGUGCUCCGGAGGUUAUCAGCCUGCCAUUACCAAGGGCCAGCCUUCCAGACGUGCAUUUGAUACAAAAAAACCUUCAAGGAUUCAGGCAAGCUCAUCCUCAUAAUGAACACGAUUUCUCCUCAGAACCCACUCAAGAUACGGAAGAAGAGAAUUACUAUCUCACUCCUCGAAGCAUCCUUUCAGAACUAAAGAGCAUUGCUGAUUCCGAUGAUUCUGUUGACUCCAUUGACUCCAAUAGUCCAGAUCAAGGUUCCAAGAAAUCUGAGAGCAAUUACAUGUCAAUGAGAUCCUGUUUCUUCAAAGAAUCAACCUCUGCAUCCGCUGGUUGCCAAGCUGAACCCCAGAGUUCUCUGGAGACUCCAGAGCAGGGGCCUCUCCGGCAAGAACAUGGCACAGGAAGUGAUCUGUGCCUUUCACCUGCUGAUCCGGAAGCACAAACUGCAGCUGACAAAAAGGGCAACGUCCCUGAUGAGAGCCAAGUGGAGACUCUGAACGUGUUCCUCUCUCCCCCGGAUGCCUUCAACUAUCUUGCUCUGGUAGAAGCAGCAGGACGGAUAUGUGUGGCUCGGUGGGAAGGCCCUCCCCGACUAGGGUGCUUAUUCUGCCAUGGAGAUCAUAUCUUGGCCGUGAAUGACCUGAAGCCCCAAAGCCUGGAGGAGGUGUCCUUGUUUCUUACCCGGUGUAUCCAGAAGGAGAAAGUGAAACUCUCCAUUGGCCGGAUCCCCAAUUCAGAGAAGUUCCAUGCUUCCGCCUGCACGUGCCCCUUAAAAUACCACUUGGUGGAGCCUGUCCAGCAGGAUUUGCCAGGACUGGAGAGGACACCAAAGAGGAGUCCGGCCAUCAAAAAGAGCCAGAAGGAAGUAACUGGAGAGUCUGCUGCCUCAGGCCCAUGACAGCUGAAGAAGGAUGGAACCCUGGAUCAUGCGUGGUCCUGCGGUUGGAGACAAGGCUGCGUCCUACUUUGAGUCACUGUACUGCCUUAACAAUGGGGGUCAUUGGCCCCUCUUUGACUGUUGCAUUGAGGUCACAUGGGAUAAUGACUAAGGAACAGAGAUAAAAAUGGGAGGCCUUAUUAUCUGAGACUUUGCCUCAGACAGGGCAGACAUCGAUUGAGUAAAUCUCUGGUCUAAUUAAUAGCACUGUGUGCUUUCUGAGGUCACAAUUGCUUCUUUGUUAGGAAUAUCCAGUUAGAAUUACUCAUUCCAGGGAGGCAAGAGAGAUGAAAGUCUGUGGUUAUCCUCCAGACACUUCCUGUGACUCAGCAGCCCAGGGGUCAUCAGAUGAGGCAGAGUGACCUCUGUCUCAGGUGUACCUGCUUUCUUAAAGAUACAGUAACUAUUUUGGAAGCUGAGGAAGUUUGGUGCUGCUCACUCUAAAAAUAAACAGGAAACUAUGUGUAUAUGUUCUUAAUUGGAUGGCUUAUUACCAAAUUAGUUCUGUGAUGUCAAAAGGAUCAAAGUCCUUUUAAUAAUCAGGAAAGCAGGAGCAGUCAGCUGAACACUAAUCAACUUGGGGAAUGUUGGUGCAAAGUGGGGUAAGGGGAUGUUAGAAAAUCCAUCUCAGCAGGCUGUCCUUUCACGUGGAAAGAAAAGGAAAGCUUUGAAAGUUCAGUGAUAUUCAGUCUUCAUGACUCUGAGUUCUGUAGCUGUUGGGGCAGGACUAAGAAUCUAGACCAGGUUUAGAAAGGAAAUUCCCUGACCUCUGCCUUGUGUGUGGGUUUAGAUUAGAAAAGACCUUUGGCACUCGGAGGAGACAUUCAAUACAUUUCAUUUUCUGUUAUCCAGAUUGUUGCCAGUAUAAAAUGUAUAUAUGUGUAUGAAACAUGGAAAAUAAUUAAGUGUAUAUACAUGAAUAUUUCAAAUCUCAUAAAUAAGAAAUGAAGCCACUUCAGUGAGAAAAUAAAUACCCAUCAAGGUAAAACUGCCUGAAACCACCUUCGGGAUGGAUUCCUGGGCUCUGAAAUCCAGGUAUCCUCCCAUCCCUAUGUGCCCUCGAGGAGGCAAAGAGGAAUCUGAGGACCCAGGAGUCCAUCAUCCAUUCAGCUCACAGCAAUGCUGGGACAAAGCAUACAGGACUACUGGUCCCCCCCACCACUGUCAGCCUGCCACCCUCCCCCAACCCCAGAACUUGCCUCCUGACACAGGAUGGGGGUGGCUUGUUGUGAGGACCACACUCUGGGAGCUUCUCUGCACCCUGAUGGCACUCCUGGGGAUUAUUUGACUGAGGAACACAGGUCCAUGUUGUAUCAUCCUGGAAAAUCCAUGGAGAGGCUCGUGAGUCUGCAGGAGCGUGCAGAAUGUGAACUCUCUGAGGAAAGGACCUAGCUUUUGGCAGUUUUUAGAGUGACAAUUGGUGGUCACCCCACCCACCUCCAACAGGAGCCUGAAGAAAGCAGCUCCUCCCCCUGCUUCCUGUCUGUGGAGAGCAGCUGAACCAGGGCCUGGAGGAAGCAACCUUCCUGACUGGGCUGAGGUAUGUGCUGCUGGUGGCUGGGGCAGACAGCAGAACCCAGCCUUCACCGUUCACUGUGCUGUUCCUCAGAGUCCAGGUCCUCACGUCCUCUGUGCCCCCCUUCCCCAGAGCUGGGAGCAGCCGCAAUGUCACUUCUUCCUCCUAAGAACAGCAGUGACCCCAAGGAAAACUCCAGACCUAGGAAUGGAGAUAUUUGUCCUUUUCUGUCAUCCAGGUGAGAACACAGCCAAGAAUUGUGGAGAGGUGCCUGGGAAAGCCGUCAGGCCAGGCCUGACCAAGGCUGUACCUUGUGUUACACAAGUUCACCCGAGGGAAUUGUACCUUCCUCAUACUCCCUGCUACCCACAGACACGUGCACAGACAGUCUCAGUGAAAAACUCGCCUGUGAUCUUUUUUAUUGAUGUCCAUUUUGACCCCAUUUCAAGUAGAUGACUAUGACUGAUGCUGCGAAGAGCCUGGUCCAGUUGACCCUGGGAAAGAUGGCCCUCUCCUGGAUUAAUUUAGACAAUAAAGGAGAACAUAGAAACGGCUGGAGCCAAUCUUGGCUGUCUCACCUCUGGCCUUGUCCUGCCAAUGUGACAUAGCUCAGCGUCACCUGAGAAGAGAGUCCCAGUUGAGGGAUAAGUUGGUCUAAUGUGUGCUGUGGGAUGGUCUUGUGUCAAAUGCUCUGAUUGGUCAAUAAAUAAAACACUGAUUGGCCAGUGGCCUGGCAGGAAGUAUAGGCAGGACUAACAGAGAGGAGAAUUGAGAGAACAGGAAGCUGAGUGAGGGAGACACUGCCAGCCGCCACCAUGACAAGCAGCUUGUGAAGAUGCCGGUAAGCCACGAGCCACAUGGCAAGGUAUAUAUUUAUAGAAAUGGAUUAAUUUAAGAUAUAAGAACAGUUAGCAAGAAGCCUGCCAUGGCCAUACAGUCUGUAAGCAAUGUAAGUCUCUGUGUUUACUUGGUCGGGUCUGAGCGACUGUGGGACUGGCAGGUGAGAGAGAUUUGUCCUGACUGUGGGCCAGGCAGGAAAACUCUAGCUACAAAUGUGAGUGUGUCUUUAGGGGCUGUCCUAAUUGUUCAUUGGUGUGGGAGGGCCCAGCCCACUGUGGCAGCACCAUUCCCUAGGCAUGUGAUCCUGGGCUAUGUAGGAAAGCAUAGCUUGUGAGCGAGCCACAAGCAGUGGUUCCUCCAUGGUUUCUGUGCUAUGGAACAAUCUUUAUAUACACUAUGAAUAUGCAUUAUUCUUAUUGUUAAUAAUAAAGCUGAUUGGCUGGUAGCCAGGUAGGAAGUGGGACUGGUAUGGGUAGGACAACCAAACUAAGGAAGGAAGGAGAAGGGCAGAUUCUGGGAGAUGCUAGCCAGCUGCCUAGCAAGCAGGAUGUGUAGAAAAUGAGGUAACAAGUUGUGAGCCAUGUGGCUAAACAUAGAUAAGAAUUAUGAGUUAAUUUAAGUGUAAGAGUUAGUUAGUAACAAGCCUGAGCUAAUGGCCAAGCUCUUGUAAGUAAUAUUAAACCUCUGAGUGGUUAUUCAAGAGCUGGCUGGUGGGAGAGAACCGUCCAUUUACAUUUCUGCCUUAUGUUUUUGCCCAGGCUUUCCCCAGUGAUGAACUGUAACCUGAAUACUAAAAUAAAUCCUUUCCUCCCUAAAUUGCUUUGGUUAAAGUGUUUGAUCAUCGCAAUGGGAAGGAACCUAGAACAAGCCUGAAUCUGAUGUGGCUCUUUAGUCUGGCUGAUGAAGAAGUCGGAGCUCAGAAACGUGGAAUGACUUACUGAGGGUACACUCAGCUCUAUGCUGGACCCGUA